CGUAGUGAGCGUUCAGGAGUUUUAGUAGGGUCAGGGAAGAUAGUUUUAGGGGACGUUGAAAUUUAUAAAUCAAUGUAGCAGCGGUGUAAAUAAAAGUUAUGAGCACAAAAUGUUGUUUUUAUAAUGGCACAAUAACAUAAAGUUUCGUUCAGAGACGAUAUGGGAGCUGUGAAUUUAUGUCGCCUUUGUGCUGUGAAUAAAGAUAACUUUGUAGGAAUUUAUGAUGAAGAAGGCCACAAAUUGAGCCUAGAAACAAAAAUUACGAAAUGUUUGCAGAUAGAGUUGUAUCCCAAGGAUCCACUGCCUAAGACAGUUUGUCUGGAUUGUUGCGCAAAGUUAGAUCAGUGCUCUGACUUCUUUGAGAUAACUUCCCAAGCACAAGUUACACUUCAUAUGAUAUUUCCUGGCACAAAAAAAGAAGAGGAAUUAGAUGUAGAGGAACACAAACCUGAAUGCGUGCAAGAACCAGAUCAUGAUUCCAGUUCAUUCUUGGAAGAAGAAAGAAGUGUAGAUCCAGGCCCACCAGUAUUGGUUGAAUGUGUGCUGUCUGACACGCAGGGAGCGAAUGGUGAACAUAAGGGUGAUGCAAGUGGAGACUCUGAGUCAUCACCUGUGCUGUCAUCAAGACGUAAGCGUCGUGUUCCAGUGAGGUGUGCUCAGAAACACCAAAAACAACAAGAGCAACUGCAACAGGACCAACAGGAACAGCAGCACAUAAAAGAGAAACAAAGACCGAGACCAGGUCGUCCUCCAACCAGCAGAAAAACACGCAGGGGAAGGUCAAAAACUGCUGAACCAGAUUCUAAGCAGGAACAGCAGCAGCAAGAAGAGCAAUUGAAACAGGAGCAGCAGCAAACACAGGAGCAAGAAGUGAAGCCAGAUUUGGAAGAACUGGAGCACCAACAAGGGGAACAACAUGUACAGGAGCAGGAAGAAGACAAAGAACAAGAACACCAACAGGAUGAUUCAUCAUCUGCUAGGAAGCGUCGGGAUGGCUGGGAAAAAUACCCAUGGAUGUGUACUGAUUGUUCUCAGGAAUUACCAAGUAUGCAGGCAUUGCGUACACAUCAUGUGACAGAUCACAAUCAAGCUCCCCGAUUUAUGUGUGCUCAGUGCUCAAAGGUUUACACUAAGUACUAUGGUUUUGUGAGUCAUGUACGACGGCAUCGCAACCAUAUGAAAUUUUGCUGUGAAGAGUGUGGAAAAUGUUUUUCCAACAAAAAAGUGCUUGAGUCACACCGCGCUACGCAUUCAGAUGCACGUCCAUUUGUUUGUUCAGAAUGUGGUAAGACCUUUCGCCAGCAGAGUGCGCUUUAUGUUCACAACCGAUCCCAUCAGCCUGAUGAUGUGAAAAACAAAUAUCCAUGUGAUCAAUGUGACAAGCGGUUUUCAACAAAACCAAACUUAGUUACACAUAAACGAAUCCACACAGGGAUCCGAAAUUUCACAUGUGAUCAGUGUGGCAAGAGUUUCAUCCAGAAGGGUAAUCUAGAUGCUCACCUACUCACACAUUCAUCAGAUAAACCCCAUUCCUGCCCUAUAUGUAACAAAGGGUUUAAGACUCCACUCCAGUUGCGGAAACACCAAACAGUACACACUGGUGCCAAACCACAUCAGUGUGAUGUGUGUGGACGUCAGUUUCGUGAACGAGGGACGUUAAGAGAGCAUCAUCGUAUCCAUACUGGUGCAAUGCCUUUUACUUGUGAGUUUUGUGGUAAAAGUUUCCGCUUCAAGGGUAUACUUACGACACAUCGCCGUCAGCACACAGGAGAAAGACCAUACUCUUGCUUGGAAUGCCAGCAUCACUUUACCAAUUGGCCCAACUACAAUAAGCAUAUGAAACGUCGGCAUGGUAUAAACACAAGCCACCAGCCAGAUCCUAAUAAAAUUGCGGCAGCAGCUGCUGCAGCUGCAGCUGAAGCAGCAGCAGCAGUGGCAAACAACACUUCUAUUCCCUCUGUUGUAUCUGCUACAAUGGCAACUCACAAUAUCUUCGUGAAUCAGGGCACAAAUCCAGGACACGAUGAACAACAUCUAAUGAACCGCAGUGAUCGUGGAAUGCAGUUCUAUAAUCCAGCCCCUGCGCCCCCAUAUACAGCAGCUCCAAUAUCUGCUGGAACAAUGUUUGGAUUUUGCAAUAUUCCUCAAUUACAACAGGGUAUUGACACGAGUACUAUUGAAAUGUUACAUUCUGUGCAACAAAGAUAACUUGGCAGAUCCCUCACACCCUGUGGCAAGAAAUGGAAAUUUUAUUGCAAGGAAGAUUAUGGAUUACUGAAAGUCGGAUGUUAAGGAAACAAGUGUUGUCAAAAUGCAAAUAGAUAUUGUAAAUAAGUUAAUUUGUUUAUGUUAGUUUCACCUUUAAAGCACUAAAAAUACAAACAGUUGAAAAAUUAUCACUGUAGUGUGAUCGGCCCUUACCAAUAUAAACUGUUAAGAGUGCUUGUUUCAUGCUUUCAAGCUGCUGGUGUUGUGUUUUCAGGUACCUCAGUUUGACUGGUUGCAUAUAGUUACCUUAAAGAUGAUUCAGUUUUAUGAACUGUGUGGGUGUGAUGCUGUCUUAACCUCAACUGGUUUGGUUCCCAGUGCGCUAAUAAAGAGCUCUGCCAUCUUGUAGAAAAUAAAUUUAAGUACAAGUCUCAUGACCAUGAGCGCACAUUUUGUUGUGUACACUUCCAAAGCCACAGUUAUGUGGAAUCUGUGGAGAAUAGAACUGCUCUGGGACAAUUUUAAUCAAGGUUCUCCCAUUUCUCAAGCAAACAGUUUUGCUGACCUGUGCAUUAUUCAUUAUUAAAGCUACUUAAGAUGAUAGUUUGCAGCAUUGUAAAUUAACAUAUUAGUCAUUCCUAUUCUAAAGUUUCUGCAAGUAAUGUAUAUUUGUAGCAUGUAUUUUUCCACACUAUUUGUAGUGCAGCUUGGAAAGUAUUAUAUAAUUCAUACAUUUCUGGUAUAGCAUGUCAUACACUUGAAAAGAAAUGAAUAUCAUUAGAAAAAUGAAGACUUUUGACCACUGACUACACUACAUGGUGUCAAAAUCCAAUUUUAAUCGCCACAUUAUGAAAACCUAAGAUAUGAGACAUUUAGAUUGUGGUUUUCUCAGAUGUGACAACAUGUAGUUUCAUAGAAGAGUGUAACCUAAAUAAUCAUCACCAUGAGAAUCUUAAAUCUCAUGUCUUUAAAAUUUAGACCAUAUUCUGACUUCAUCAGUAAUACCUUUUUUCUAAUGGUUCUUUGGGCAUAGUUGCAUUUUAACUCAUAAUCACAUGUAAUACUUUGGAACUGACUAAUGAACAGUUCCAAAAUAAUUUCUAAUGUACUUGACUGACUUUAGCAACAGACUUGUUCCAGAGUGUUUAACCUUUAAUGUACGGACUUUUAAAUUGCUGGCAGACAUCUGUGGCCGGAAUUUAAAUGGUGC